GCUUUGCUUGACAGUGUGUUUACAGUCGGGUAGUGGGAGAUCGGUGUGGGAAGUUGAUCAGUGUACUGCUCGGCAUGGCGUUAAAAUUCAGCUUUGGCAGCAUCUGGAACAUUGUCCUGGGACUUAGCAUAGCAUUUGUAUAUGCGGAACCUUCAAUUCCAUUUGACUUCAAGAAUGUUGAGAUUUUGACACCUGAUUCACAUUCGUCUCUUCAACAUAAGCCGUUCGUCAGUGUGAUAUACUACUACAAGCGUGAACUACCCCGGUUACGUGCCUUCUUCAAGGAGUUGGACAAAUCAGCUGAGUACCUGGACAUCUAUGGCACAAAGACUGGCAUUCUGGACUGUAGUAGCGAUGCUGCCACUAUGGUGGAAGAGUGCAAGGCUUCGAGGGUGGAGUACAACGUUUACAGCUAUAGAGAUGGCAACAGUCUGCUCAUUCUGGAGCUGGAGACCAUGUUUGAUGUCAACUCCAUCAUGUCCAACAUACUACAGCUUAUUUUGCUGCAUGACGUACCCAUUGUCCAGAGUCGGUCUGAUCGGCAACAGAUUGAACUGAAACAUAAGGGCAAGUCUGAUGUCAUCUCUUUCCACAAGGCCAUUGGCACCUAUGAGCACCGUGUGUUCAUGGAAGUGGCCUAUGCUUACCAGGACCGCUACAAGUUCGGGCUCACCACAGAAACAAAGACUGCUGAAGGGCUCAAGGAGGCUGACCUUGUGACUGCCAACGAUGAUGCUGCAGUGUGGGUGCUGUACUGUCGUGAUGCUGACGAGGACAGCGCUGGGUGCCCCAGUGUCCGGUAUCGGGGCAAGAUGGACCUUCCCUCCCUUGCUGUCUUCCUCAAGGCUCUUAGCCUGCCUAGAAUAUUCGAACUCCCGGAGCAUGGCACAAUCCCAACCUGCCGCAACGAGAAAUUUCACUGCGUGUUCCUGUACUAUGACAGUAACAACAAGGACCAGGUGCUUGAAGCAGCAGAGAACCUCAAGUUUGAGAUCUACGGCGUGGCAGGCAUAGUCGUUGUUGACACGGAAAAGAUUGUCUUUGAUGAAAUCCAUGGUUUUAAUGGCAAGACUCCAUCUAUCAGUGUGUUCCUGAAAGAAGAGGAUACUCCACGUUUCAUGACAACUGAGUGGUCACUGGACAACAUCGCAACCUUUAUCCAGGCCAACCUGUUUGACCAGCAGCCCGUGGAUAGGGACAGCGAGGAGGGGCAACGGGGGUCAAAGGGUUCGGAUGCAAAGGAUAUGGACAAAACUGGAUACAACUUCCCUUCUGUGGAAGAAGUGGAGACACAGGAUGACCAGGUGGCAGAGGCUGUGUUCCAGCUCAGCCGUGACCCCAUGAAGCUCAGCCUCGUUCCUGCUCUCACAGAUAAGACUUUCCCAGCAACCGUCCAGGAGAGGGACCUGUUGGCCGUGCUCUUCUACCUGCCCUUUGACUCAAGGAGCAUGGCAUUCCUUCGUGCAUAUGGUGAGGCCUCCUUCAGCCUGGGGGACAAGCAUGCCAGUCCCAGUAUUCUAGGGAGGGUCAACUGCUAUGACUGGACGGAUGUGUGUGGUCAACAGAAUGUGUCCAGCUACCCAACAGUGCGCUUCUUCAAGAAAGGACAAGACCCAGUUGACUACAAGGGAGCUCUUGAUACUGAUGCAGUUGUGUCUGUGGUCAAACUGAUGCAGCAGGAGUCACCGAUGAUGCUGACAACACAGACGGAGGCGCAGAAGUUUGUUGCGGGGACGCUGCCUGAGAAUAUCGUUACCUACACCAACAUGUCAGUACUUGGCCUCUUUGAACAAACAGGACCUGAGCUGUCAGCGUUCAAGGAUGUGGCUGGGAGCCUGCAGAACACAACAGUGUUUGCCUAUGUUCAGGGGAAGCUGGCCAAGGACAUAGCAGAGAAGCUAGGCCAGCCUGUUCCAUCUGUGCUGGUGUUCCGCCAUGAUGACCCGUACUCUGACACCAAGUCCCUCACUGCUGACCUGACAGUGGACAGCAUCAAGUCACUGGUGUUAAACAGCAGGCUUCCGACAUUGCCGAGUUUUAUGUUAAAUCUGACAGCUGAUAUCUUCCCACUGAUGUACAGCCAGGACAAGCCUUUCCUCAUCCUGUUCUGUGACAAAUAUGAAGAAGCUGAGACAACUCUCAUCAAGAAGACUGUUGCUGACUUGGCUCUGUCUGGGCUCUUCCCGGGUGUUGUCUUUCUGGGCUACCUGGAUGCAUGCAUCUCAAUGAUCUCCGUCAACCAGUGUCCCUAUCCACAAAUUAUCAUAGCUGUAAGAUCAUUACGGGGCAGCAGCAUAGGAGCCACCAUCUUCUCUGAGUAUACCUGGUCUUCUGUUCUGCCAGCCCUGUCCUUGGUCUACCACAGAACUGGCAAGGUUUACAGCAAGGUCGAGGGGGAAUUUACUCCUGAGGCUGUCCAGGAGUGGCUGGGUCACGCUGUGAAUGAUCAGGAGGAACCAACAAAGAUGCUGCCAAAGGGAGAUUGGAAGCCUGCAGCAAGGAGCUACGACUUCCUGGGACUGUCCGAGUUUGAAUCUAAAUAUGGAGAAAGUCUUGACCACAAACCAACACUCCAAACUGCGGAGGAGUUUGGAGCAGGUUUCAACAGUGAUGGUACAGAGAUUGAGUAUGGAAAGGGCGAGCGGGCAGAGGAGGAAGGUCAGAGCAGUGAUGGCAGUACUGACGAUGAGAUCCGCAAUGAGUUGCUUGAGCUGCGCAGUUCUCGCUUGUACCAUCAAGUGCCGGACAGGAAGGAGUCUCCCAUCAUGUCCCAUGACACCCAGGAGUCCCAAGACGUCCCAGAAUCCUCAGCUGAAGAAUCUGCUGCUGAUCUUCAUAAAGAACACCCCGAACAUACAGAGUUAUAACAAAUUAUUUACCUAAAUAGGAAUAAUUGCUUUUGUUCAAAUCUAUCGUGCUCUUCUCACUUUCAUUGUAUUGUAUGUUUAAUGUGAUAUUUCAAAAUUGUCAGCAAUAUGUUGAUGUCACGUGUGUUAAAAAAAUGUCAUGUACAGUAUUUUACUAAAUAUAAUUUUUAAAAAGCUAAAUUAAAAGACCACAACUCCAUUAUUUCCGUAAGGAGUGUCAUUGUGGUCAUAUG